GAAUUUACUAAUACUACUAUAUAUAAUGAAACUUAUAUAGAAAUGCCUUAUAAUAUUGUUAAUAUUCUUUAUGAAUGUGUUUAUAAAUCUUUAAAUCAACGAAAGGAAUAUAUAACGGCUAAUAGACUUUCAAAAAAAGUGAUUCAAAUAGGGUUGGAUGUAGGACUAUCAGCAAUACAAGAGUUAAACAGUUUUAUGAAGAACUUUAUAACAAAACACACGCCAAAGA